AAGACUGAAGAAAAAGAUAAAGCAAAGCUGCACAAGUAACUGUUCCUUCCUUCCUUUCUUUCUUUCUUUGUUUCUUCCUUCACUCACAUUCACACACUCCACUCUCCCUCAACCUAGCAAGCAAAGCAAGACAUGGCGGCGCCGACAGUGAAGGUGUACGGUCCACCCAUGUCUACUGCCGUGUCGAGAGUCUUGGCCUGUCUGUUGGAGAAAGACGUGAACUUCCAACUCCUUCCCGUUAACAUGUCGAAAGGGGAACACAGAACCCCUGAAUUCCUCAAGCUUCACCCUUUCGGACAAGUACCUGCAUUUCAAGACGCCGACAACAUUUCCCUUUUUGAGUCCAGAGCGAUAUGCCGCUACGUAUGCGACAAAUACGGGGACAAAGGGAACAAGGAUCUCUACGGAAGCAACCCUCUGGCCAAGGCCUCCAUAGAUCAAUGGCUGGAGGCAGAAGGUCAGAACUUCAACCCACCUUCCUCCACUCUGGUCUUCCAGCUUGCAUUCGCGCCCCGAAUGAAGAUCAAGCAAGACGAGGGUGCCAUCAAGCAGAGCAAAGAAAAGCUGGCGAAGGUGCUGGAUGUGUACGAGAAGAGGCUCGGAGUGAGCCGGUUCUUGGCUGGGGAUGAGUUCUCUCUCGCCGAUCUUUCCCAUCUUCCGAACGCCCACUAUCUGCUCGCCGCCCCCGACGCUGCUCCUCUCUUCACUUCUCCCAACGUCGCCAGGUGGUGGGACGAGAUCUCCUCUCGCGACUCCUGGAAGAAAGUCGUUGACUUGCAGCGAGGUGCCUGAGUUUGUUCGAAAUUUUAAGUUGAUUUCCUUAAAAUGUAAGGUAGAUCUGGUUUAAGGUGGUUGUUUUUAGUUGUAGCGGUGUUGUUUUCUGACAUUGUCAUCUCCGAUGAUAGUUGUGUAAUUUUGAAGGAUAAGCGGAUAAAGUUUUGCAGGGUUUGGGUAGGUUUUGUCUUCACAAGCAAGUGAAUUCAAACGUCGAAAUAAUAACUGAAAUGUUGACAUUUCCAACUUCCAAGUUCAUCGUCACUUCAAUUCAAUUUUCUCCUGUUUUCCUGCUUUA